CUUCUUUGAUUACAGAAUUGAUUUGUGUAGCAUCAGCCCAUUAUCUUUCCAUCAACAGGAGGACGAGCCCUGAUGGCAGCGAUCGUAUGGCAAACGCCGGCGAACCCGCCAGAGCCGGAAGAUUACAUAUUCUUCAAGGGCAAGCGUUAUGUUCGUCCUUAUUACUUCGAGUUCAUCUCCCACGUUAAGAAUAGAUGGGCGGGGAAGACGAUUGUUGAUCUUUUUACGGAGGAGUUCAGAGGAAGACCUUAUGAGUAUUAUGAAAGUGCUGUCAAAUCUGGAAGGAUCCAAGUGGAUGAUAAAAUAGUUUCUGUGUCAUAUAUUGUACGAUCAACUCAGAAGAUAAGCCACUUUGUGCACAGGCAUGAACCUCCGGUGCUGGCUGGAAAUGUUUCAAUCCUUCAUAGUGAACCUGAUGUCAUUACCGUUUGUAAGCCUGCUUCUAUUCCUGUUCAUCCAUGCGGUCAAUAUCGUAAAAAUACUAUCGUUGGGAUUCUCCAGGCAGAACAUGGCGUUGCUCCAUUAUUUCCUAUUCAUAGGCUUGAUCGUCUUGUUUCCGGUCUACUUAUUUUUGCUCGAAAUGCUGGCAAAGCAGAACAGUUUAGGCAACAGGUAACAAGGCCAUACUGCUAUUAUAAGUCCGAUGAUGUUAUUUAGUUUUUUGUAUUGAUA